ACAGCAGCAUCUCUCUCUCCGCAGAUCCAGCGGACAUCUGGAGCAGCCCUGCCCGGGAAUCAAACCCCCGAGCAUCGAGCACCGACAUCCCGCACCGAGCCAGCCCUCCUAUCGCUGUGUGUGUGUUUCCCGGUGAAAACGCUUCCUGCGCUCCGGUGUUGUUGUCGUGGCUCGGGAUCUCCACCGGGAGGCUGCUGCUGCUGAGCUCCGGAGGGACGGACGGUCCGUUUCUGCCGGUAAAAACACGGAAAUACCGAGCCUAAAACCCGGGAGGGGUGAUGGACUGAAGUGAUCGUUCAUCUGAGAGGGUCUAGGCCCGCUGGAAGCUGCGACACAUCUGGAGCUGGUGCGUCUGGACCUCGGUUCCUGCCUCAGUCUGGACUGAAGCGCCUGAUUGAAGUGUCUCCGGGGGUUCGGUGUGUUUUAUCUCUGUAGUUUUCUUCUCUCGGUGUUUUGCUCGCAGAUAAACGGUCCUGAUCAAGAGUUUGAGGGAGCAGGCGGAUCCCCCUCCUCCUCCUCCUCCUCCUCCUCCUCCUCCUCCUCCUCCCCCCGCUGGUCUGGAUUAGAGCCCAUCAGGAUCAUGAAUCAUCCCCCCUCUGCGACUCUAAUCUGGGUUUUACCGAGCUGGAUUUAAAUCUGAGAUCUGAUCUGGAUUACUCCGCUCCUGGUUCUGAUCGGGUCACAUCUGACCCGGUCUGAGCCGGUCCCGGUCCUGCUGUGAUCUCGGUCCUCUUCUGCUGUCAUCAUGCCGACGUCCAGGCCCGGUUCGGAGCCGGUGGAGUUCUGGGUGGACGGGUCGAGGCGGGACGGGACGGUGGAGGACUUCUACACGCUGAGCGCCGAGCUGGGCAGAGGAGCGACGUCCAUCGUGUACCGCUGUGAGGAGAAACAGACCCAGAAACCCUAUGCUGUCAAAGUCCUCAAGAAAACGAUCGACAAGAAAAUCGUGCGCACUGAGAUUGGCGUCCUGCUGCGUCUUUCCCACCCAAACAUUAUCCAGCUGAAGGAAAUCUUUGAGACGGACACCGACAUCGCUCUGGUGCUGGAGCUGGUGACUGGAGGAGAGCUGUUUGACAGGAUUGUGGAACGCGGUUACUACAGCGAGAGAGACGCCGCUCACGUCAUCAAACAGAUCCUGGAGGCUGUGGCGUAUUUACAUGAGAACGGUGUUGUGCAUCGUGACCUCAAACCUGAGAACCUCCUGUAUGCUGACCUGUCGCUGGACGCUCCGCUGAAGAUAGCCGACUUUGGUCUCUCCAAAAUCAUCGACGAUCAGGUGACCAUGAAGACUGUAUGUGGUACUCCAGGGUACUGUGCUCCUGAGAUCCUGCGGGGAAAUGCCUACGGCCCCGAAGUGGACAUGUGGUCGGUGGGCGUCAUCCUCUACAUCCUACUCUGUGGCUUUGAGCCCUUCUUUGACCCGAGGGGAGAUCAGUACAUGUACAGCCGCAUCCUCAACUGCGACUAUGAGUUUGUGUCUCCCUGGUGGGACGAGGUCUCCCUCAAUGCCAAGGAUCUGGUCAGUAAGCUAAUCGUUCUCGACCCUCACAAACGUCUCAGUGUGCGGGAGGCCCUGCAGCACCCCUGGGUGCUGGGUAAAGCUGCCCGGUUCUCCCACAUGGACACCACCCAGAGAAAGCUGCAGGAGUUCAACGCCCGACGCAAACUUAAGGCUGCCAUGAAGGCCGUCGUGGCCACCAGUCGGAUGCAUGAGGGCUCGCGGCGUCGCACCGACAGCUGUGAGAUUCCAGGUUCAGGGACUUCCCGGCAGAGCAGCAUGCAGCAAGACCCCCCUCCGGAGUCCAAAGGCCCCACCGCUGAUGACAAAAAGGAUCCACCCUCAGACCAGCAGGUGCCGCAGGAAGUUGAAUCGAAGUCUGCCGACCAAAGUGCCCUCAGUCCGUCCCCUCCACGCAGCCCAAAACCGCCAAGCUCUGAUGCCACGCCCACAGGCCCCGCCCCCACCAGACCACCGCUGCGUGUUGACGGGAUGCGACAGGCGUCCGUCAUCCCCAAAAGCAUGUUGGUUCAACCGCGGCUGCCGCAGAAGAGCUGCUCCGUUAUAGAGGCCACGCCUAGAGUCGAAGCCACGCCCCCAAGUCCCAACAACCUCAGCAAUGGCUUCACAAUGGGGGUGGAGCCUGCCAGUAAGACCGCCCACUGCCAGUGAUUGCUGUUUUACUUUCAUACAAACAUCACACAGCUGAGCUCUUUACAAACAUCUAAACCAUCUUAUUGGGACCAAAUUACACCAGAACCAAAAGCAUCCAUAACACCCAGCUAACAUUUAAUCAGUAUCCUCUGUUCUGUAGUUCAGCUAACAGACUAACAUGCUAACGUACUACUGACUCACUGAGGGUUUGUUGGAUGUUUCUGCAGCUUCUGUUUUGGAGGCUAGAAAUAAAUACAAAGCAUUUGUCUCAUAUCAGGACUUACAUAUCUGUUGCUGUGGUGAGAAAAACAACACCGAGAUUCCUGCAUGGACAUGAAAAUAAUGCUUCAUCUAGAUAUAGAAACGUAAAAAUAACAAUUUUCAUCAAUCUUCUAUCAAAUUUGAAAUUAUUUACACAUUUUCAAGACAAGUACAGGCUCGUUAAGGGAAUUAGCAAUAUGCUAGCUGCAAGCUUGACAUCCAAAUUUUCUGCAGAAUUAUGGCACAAAAAACCUCAAUGUUACAUAAACAAUUACAGUAUGGUUAACAGUUAAAAUUAUUAGCUAACAAUAUGGAUUAACAGUUGUAAUUGUCAAUAAUUAAAAGUGAACAAAGCGAAUAUAGCUAGCUAAGAAUGUUUUUACAUGGCAUAAAUGAGCAGUAGUUCUGUAAUGCUUUCUUUACUUAACUGAUGAGCUCAUGUUUACGACAUGGAAAACCACUUACAUGAAAUAUUUGACUUUCAAAUGCACCUAAGUCGUGAGAACACAGAUAUGGAUUUUUCUGUCACGGUCUAGAAGUCACCAAGGUUAACCGUUCAGCAAGCAAAUGAGUUGUGAACAUCAUGCAGGAAAUGCAAAGAUAUAAAGCAAAGAUUAGCCCAUGGGGAACAUCAACCUGUCUUUAAUCAGACACUAUGAAAUUUGACCCCCAAAAUUCAAAAUCUUAAUCAUAAGCACAUGAUUUCUGGAUAUAAUCUAAUGUCACAAACUAACAACAAAGGGAAUAAAAGUUGGCUUCUGCUAACUUCUAAACUGUUGCUGGCAUCUCAUUGCUAUCUUGCUCGAUAAUAUUGUGGGUAAAUAAAUACUAUACACUCCCAGAAAGUGGAUGUAUUAAGGCUUGGUCAUUUAAAAUUAUGUAAUUUGUUCAUUGACUGUGACUGAUGGUAGCGCAUCUGGGCUAGCUGGUGUGUUAAAAGUCAGCUCACUUGCUACAGGAGUUCACCAACCAGUCCGAUGUUCAGCAAGAACAAUGCAUCUCCAGUGUGUUUUAAAUGAAUCAUUAGAAACCUCUCAGAAAACAGUCAGUCCCAGCAUUGGUGUGUUUGUUUUUCUCACCACAGAAAUGAACAGCAAUGCUACUGUUGUACAAACAAAUGAACAUGUUUACAACCAAAAUGAAGCACUGCAUUAGUCGCAUUGAUCUGUGUUUCUUGUCUAUGUGGACAAUGAUUUCUGAUCACAGACCUCCUCAUUUGCUCCUGGAAUUUAAAGGAAAUUCCUGCAUUUUCCAACCUGGGAAAUAUUCUCAUAAUUGUGUGCUAACUUUGCAUUUGCUACCAGAGUGAUUCAGGAAACUCUUGUACAAAAAUAUGUAUCAGGACUUUUAAAGUAAAUUUUAAUGUAAUAGAAAAUAUUUUAGCUUCAAAAUAGAAUACACAUACAAUAAGGAUCCACCUACAUUAGUUACUGUAGCAUAAGGAUAUAGCCCAAAAUCACAUGUUACAUAUUUACACCUCCAGAUGUGGUCUGAUUGUAUGUUUUCUGUGUGUAUUUACGUGACCACAUGUUGGUGUACAGAGGGUCAUUCGUUAUCACUGAUGGAGUCCCCUACAUUCAGAACUUGAAACUGAAUGAUUGCUGCUUUAUUUUGGUUGUAAACCUGCUGUAUUAGCUCUUACAGCAGUCCAUAUUCUGUCUGUGUCUAGUUUACUGCCAUACUAAAGAAACAGUUCAAUAUUUUUGCACUGUACACUUUGGUUGAAUUCUGUUAUAGGCUUUUAGAUGGAUGACACUCUCAUGUACGUGUGUUCAGUACAGAGCGGGAGUCAGGAUGUUGUUAGCUUACCUUAGCUAAUGAGUCUGGAGACUGAAACAAGGGAAACAGCUAGCAUGGCUCUGUUCAAAUUUUAAAGGAUUUUAAGAGAAUUUUGAGUGUUUAAAUUGAGGGUUUGUACAUGUCAAAUUCAAUGGUGGACAGAAACAUGCUUAAUGUAUUGUUACAGCUGCUGUCACCCAUAAUAUUCUUAGGUUUCAAUUUAUACAAUGGUUUCCCGUCAUAUUUCAUACAGUGCUCUGGAAUGAAUUGUCUGUAGGCCUGUUGUGACUGAAGGUUUGGUUUCUCGCUGCACCACAGGCAUCAACAAAAUGCAGCUGAAAUCCAGCAUUCAGCCAACAACUGCACUCAAAUCAAAUCAAAUCAAGUUUGUUUAUUUAAAUAGCACAUUUUACAGCACCCAGAGUUGACCAGAGUACUGGUCAUGUUGUAAGACAGGCAACAACAAACAUAUAUGCAAAAAAGCAAGACAGACAGCAGGACAAGAUACAAACAUACUAAAAUAUUAAGACUUACACAGUGUGCUGCAGAGCAUCAUGAUAUACAGGCAACAGUGAUGCUGUAGUUUCAUUGGCUGAUGAACUGCAUGAAUAAACUGCGAAUAAAAAGUAGCAAAUGACAACAUCCUGAAGAUAAAAUAUUAUGAAUCAAGCAUAUAAGGGUCAUUAUGCGCAGCGGUCUGGGUAUCAUGAGAUAAUCUGUAGUUUGUCUGUUUCUGUUCUUUAUUUCAAAACAAAAACUGGAAAAACUGUGUCAUGAAUAAAAAACAAUUAAAAUCCAAACACAGUUACAGAGUAUUCAGUGAUACCCAGACCAGGAGCCUUUCACAAAUGAAAAAAUCCAUCCAAAAUUCUUGUUUUAUUUAAGUAUAGACAGUUUUUCAGUACACUCCUAUCAUUUUUAGGAGAAAUGAACAAGUAAAGAGCAGCUCUGUAGCUCACCUGUUGUUUAAUUUGUACAAGAACAGAAAUAUAACAAAAAUUUACAGUAUAUUGGUCGGACUGAUACACUGCUGUUGAUCAAAAAAUAGUUCCUCCAUAAUCUCCGCUCUGACUUUUGUACAUUCUGACAGAUGUAUUUAGAGCUCCAUACUUAACACACAAACAUGAGACUGAAAUCUGAGAGUUUCUGAACAUGGUGAACUUUUCCUUUAAGUUCUGAUCUGGGACAAAUACAGACUCUAGUCUCCUCUCCGGCUUCUUCUUCUUCCUGUCCUGAUACAGAAAGUGAACUUUUCCUCAGACGCUCAGGACGGAGCUGAUUGAUUGUAUUUUGCUAAACUUUGGUGACGCGGCGCUCGGCUGCGUGGACAGACGUGAAGGACGAGGAGUUUUUUCUGCUUCUUCUUCUGCAUCCCUUUUAGUCUUGGCAGCAUGUGCGCUUAGACGCUUCAGACUUUAACACUCCGAGAGGAGGAACAGGAGAUUUCUGGUUCUCGAGGAGUUUUUUAUCCUUUCUACUCUUUACUGUUGACACCCGCUGACUUGAUUACGCAGCUGUAUGAGUAGAUAGAGUAGCUCCAGUCUGUAGCGUUCAGGUAAGUAACUUGUGUUUGUGAGCUUCUAGUAAAACGUUGUGUUGUUUACACUUUAUCAGCAGUGAUGAUGCUCUCCUGUUUGCACUGUACAUACAAUAGUUAAUAGUUACUGACAUCUUUACUGCUCCGCUCGACUGGAGACACAUUCAGUGUUCAAACCCCCACAAAUACCAAAUUUGACCUUAGACCUUAAUUGGAAAUCAAACCCUUUCAUCAGAUCCGAAACCACACAUUCUACCUCUUUUUGUACAGGGGCUUCCAAAAUGAAUUAAAGUGACGCAUCCGGAAAGAAAAUGAUGAGACAAGACAAGCAGAUGGAGCUGAUCCUGGUCAGAAAAACAUCAUUAAUUAGACGUUCAUACACAAAGAUAUGGUGGAAAAGACGCUCCGAACAGGACAGCAGCUUGAGAAAACAGAAGCAAGCUGAGAUUUUCAUUCAAAAUGUUUCCAGUUUUAGACUUGACUUUAUUCAGUCGGUGACUACAUAAUUGGAAAUAUUACCAAUAUUACAACACAUAACUAAAUUAAACCAGCUGAAACUUUUUAAAACUCUUUUCACACUGCAAACAACAACAUUGCAUCACAGAAACAUGUGAGAAUGAGAGUAACACAGUUACAAGUCAAGUUUUCAGUCAACACAUUUUAGGUUUAUCAUUGGGUUAACUCAUAGGCUGAAUAAAUACAGUCUUUGUAUUAUCAAAUUAAUCAGAAGGUUUUCUCAGCUUGCUGUGCUUUUUGUCCUGUCUUAGCCACCGUAUACAAUCCUGGAUUGUGAAGCAAACAUUCGUCCUUUAAAGGCUUUUCUUUUUAAAGAGGAACCAAACCUCCAGACCCACAGAGCUCCCAAAGCCCUGACAAAUCUGCUUUCUUUAAAUGUUUGGUGCACAAGAAUAAAAAAUAUCAUCUGUCAGGACUAAAGCCUGAAUCUGCUGACCUCUCUUUAUCACACUCCUUCUCUCUUCUAAACAAACAAAACAUGAACCAAUAGGAAAUAUCCAUACACUGUGACACAUCUUACAUUGUUUUGCAAAUCUGCUUGAAAAUUACUAAAGCACUAAAUCCCACUGGAAAAAUAAUGAAUCAUUUUCAAUUCCUGCAGAUCCGAGUCCAAUGAUUUCAUCAGUUAAAUCAUCAGAAAUUAUUGCUAUAAACAGCUGGAAAUGCAAUAUAAUAACAAAUAAUUGUUGUUUAUUUCAAACCUGCUGGUUUUCAAUCAGACUUUCAUAGUUUGGAAAAUGUUAACAAGCCUGGUGGUCCAACAGUCAUUUAAAACUAAACGUGUAAAUCAACCAAAAAUGUACUAAAAAUUAAAAAUACAACAAAAGCAGCAAUAAAACAAUCAGAUGUAUGUUUGAUUUCUCAGUGACUUCCUGAAAUAAAAUCUAUUUUUGAUCUGGUUCAGGUAGAACUUCCAUACAGAGCAGUUCUUGUUAUAUAAUUUUGUCAUAAAAUCAGUCACAGUUGACGCAGUUUGACUGCAGUUGAUAGUUUGGUUCCUCUUUAAAUCUCCUGGUUAAAACAGAUGUGCCACAGCUGGAUUUGCCUGAAGACAGGUGUUUAUAUCUUCUUGCCAAAUGGAAAACACUGGAUAACUAGCUGUCAUGGUGAAAGCAUGUGACUGUACAUUUGAUUUGCAUCUAUACUCUUCUGUACAAACAUGAAUAUUUUCUUCUAUUUAUCUCAGCCUGACGGAGAUUCAAGUGUUGAGGUGGGCGGGGAUCAACUGUAAAUGUUUGUUUUGUGUUUGAUGAGUAAACUUGUAUCUUUUUUAAUUCUGACAGAUGACAUAUAAAGUGACAGUGUAGCAGUGUGGGCUGUUACACUGUUGUGUAUCUUUGCAUGUAUUAUUUAACUUCCUUUGAUCAUAUCGGAUUAAAGAAGCGGAGAGUCUGAAUCCUGCAGGACUCUGAAUCUGGGUUCAGUCUAAAUGAACAUUUGCUGCAGGAUGUUUGAAGCAAGACUUUGCAUCACAUGUUCAGUAAAGAAUAGCUGAUAGAAACCA